GCACGUGGAAACCCAUGGGAGGAGCGAACGAAAGCAACGAGAAGCAUUGCGAGACGCGCAGACGAUUUUCUGGGACAUGAAACUUCGGAGACUAUGAAUUCAAGCUUGCACAUUUAUAGACGUUUUAACGUUCGAGCGUUUCUCUGACAAUGUAAAAAAGCUACCUGGCGAGGUGAAUCGAAAUAAUGGAGCUUCCUAUCGAGAAAUCACGAAAAUCGUCGAAGAUCGGUCUACUUUUUGUCGCGGCUACAGGCGGGAUUGCGACAGCGAUCAGCGUCGUGUGUUUUCCGUUCGUCAGUCCUGCGUUUCGCAAGAUAUGUUUGCCGUACGUGCCGGCCACGCGUCAGCAAAUCAAGAAUGUUAUUCGAGCGUUGAACGGCCGCUCCGGCUCCCUGAUCGAUCUCGGCAGCGGCGACGGGCGUAUUGUUCUCGCGGCGGCGAAGCGCGGCUUCAAGGCCCACGGCAUCGAGCUGAACACCUGGCUGGUGUGGUACUCGAGGCUACAAGCGCUGAUUAACGGUCUGUCGGCCGACACCGCGUUUCUCAGGCGGGAUCUUUGGAAACACCACCUGGGAAGGUACGACAACGUCGUUAUAUUUGGCGUGGAUCAAAUGAUGGAGGAUAUCGAAAAGAAGCUCAAUAGCGAACUAGGCAAGGAUUCCCUCGUAAUCGCGUGCAGAUUUCCUCUCCCUAACACGCUGCCCGUUACGACAAUUGGACACGGAGUUGACACCGUUUGGGUUUACAAGAUAUAGGUACCUCAGAGAUGAACUUGAGGUAAUUUAAAUUUAGAAGGGACAUACAUUUAGAUUGAAUAAAUUAUAAUGUAGGAAAGAAUUGUACAUUUUCUAAUACUAUUGCGUGUUUAUUGAAAGUACAAAAAGCAUUAACGAACUUUGUUCUACGGUAAAAAAGUAUAUCGUUUCUAGACUGUGUCGCGAGUAAUUAAAUAAAUUAUAUUAUGUUUAAAGGAAA